AUGCCCGUUGACGCCAUCAGCCUCGAAGUUUUCAAGAACAUGUUCAUCUCCGUUUCCGAGGAGAUGGGCGUGGCGCUACAGCGCACCAGCUACUCCACCAACAUGAAGGAGCGGCAGGACUUUUCUUGCGCCCUUUUCAACCCCGCCGCCGAGAUGGUGGCCCAGGCCGCCCACCAGCCGGUUCAUCUGGGAGCCAUGCCCGCCUCGGUGCAGGCGGCUUUGCAGACCUUCCCUCGCGGGCUCCGGCCGGGCGACAUCAUCAUCCUCAACGAUCCCUACAUGGGUGGCUCCCACCUCCCGGACAUUACCCUGGUUGCCGCGGCAUACACCGACGGACCAGACGGCAAACAGCUCAUCGGCUACGUCAGCAACCGUGGCCACCAUUCCGACGUCGGCGGCAUGGCGCCCGGUUCCAUGCCCCUGUCCACCGAGCUGUACCAGGAGGGCCUGAUCAUCCCGCCCCUGAAGUUGUCCCGCGGCGGACGCAUCAACCACGAAGUCAUCGCCCUCAUCUGCCGCAACUCCCGCACGCCCGACGACCGGCAGGGCGACCUCGCCGCGCAGAUCGCGUCGAUUCGCGUCGGCGAGAAGCGCCUGAGUGAAAUCGCCGAACGCUACGGCCUGGACGAAACCCACGAGCACAUGGAUGCCCUGCUGGACUAUUCCGAGCGGCUGACCCGCCGGCGCAUCACCGAGAUCCCGACGGCACCUACCGCGUCAACGACUACAUGGACGACGAUGGCCUGA